UUCCAUAGCAGUGCUGCACGAGAUAAGUUCUAACUGAUCAUCGGACGGGCGUGAAACAAGUUCUCAGUUGUACACCAUAGUAAUGGUGUGCAUUUCUUUUUUAAACUUUGACUGAAAGUAUACGUUAGUUUUACGGACAGAAUGCCUUACGGCUGGUCUUUCUUUUACAGCUUAGGCCUAUAUGUGUGUUGGUUUUCACUAAUCUUAUUUCAGUUCUGAAUGGCCCCUUGGCUGAAAAAUUCACCUGCAGAACUGAUUAGGUAGUUAUAGGAAACUCUUUUUGUAGCAGGGACGGCAUGACAAAGUGAAUAUGAACUGCUUUCAGAGGCAACUGCGACGCACAGCCCCCAUGCGAGGGGGCAGCCGGAAUGAGCUGGUGACCCCCCCGCUUCGCUCAAGGGUAAACGGGUGGUCCAUUCCUCUUCAUGCCUUUCAGCUGGUCGGCUGGCUGAUCUACAGCUACAUGGCUGUGGUUGGCUUUGGCGUCUACAUUCCACUUCUGCCCCCUCCAUGGAGUUAUGCUGCAUACUGUGUGAUCGGCACAGUGUUCCUAUUGCACAUGGUUGCCCAUCUGGCAGCUGUGUCUAUUGACCCAGCUGACUUGAGUGUCCUUGCAAGGAAGAACUACUCCAACCCCAUGCCUGUCCUGGACAAGAAGAAACAUCCGCAUGUCAUCCACAACUUGCACUGCUACCUCUGUGAGGUUGAUGUGGGCCCCAAAGUGAAACACUGCAGUAGCUGCAAUAAGUGCAUUGCAGACUUUGACCACCACUGCAAAUGGCUCAACAACUGUGUGGGUGGGAGGAACUACUGGUUUUUCUUUGUCACUGUUGUGUCUGCUGUCCUGGGAGUUUUGCUGCUUGUUUUCAUCAUCCUCUUUGUCUUCAUUGAGCACUUUUUGAACCCCAGCGUUCUGCGAACUGCACCACAGUUUCAGAGUGUGCGAGAGAAUGGGACGUGGCUGGCCUUCCUGCCGCUGGCGCCCAUGGAGAUGAGCUCGGCCGGGAUCCUCACCCUCGCCUUCAUCACCGUCAUGCUGGGCGUGGCCUCCCUGCUGCUACUCAGCCACCUGCUGGGCUUCCAUAUCUACCUGUUGAUGAAGAAGAUGAGCACAUAUGAGUACGUUGUGAGACAGCGUCACGUGCAAAGCGUUCGAGAACUGGAGGGAGGGGCCAAACAGUCCGUCACCACCAAUGGAACGUCCUCACAGAACAUGCCCUCUGUGGAGACAUCUGUUGAAUGUGAUGCACCACUGUCUGGAAGGUCAAGUGCCUUAAAGUAUCAGGACAGAGGACAAAUCGGCAGUCGACUCUCUGGAGCCAUCUGUACGGAGAUGGACAGUUUUAAACAAACAACUGGCGAUGCAGAGGAAAAUCUAUACUAUGAGUCAAAAGUGCCAAAACCGACACUACCUGAUGAAGCUGUAAUGGCCGACCCAGCAGGGGGAGGGGAGAAGGCUCCCAACACGUCUGCAGAGGGCGUCCCCAUCGCCCAGAACCAGCUUGGGAGCUCCGUCACCUCACUCACGGUCCAGCGUCCAUAGAUGUCCUUUCAGAGCACACGGGGGGUAUCCCCAAACGCUCUCCAGCAGUCAGAGGCUCCAGUGGGACCCCGCUGAAGACAGCCAGUGAGCGGGAGCUCCUGCCGUGGGUGACUGCGGCCCAGUCCUACAGCGUGGAACUCGGAACCCUCUGUGGGGGAACUUGAAUGCGCUGUGAUUUUGUCUCCUCACACAGCAGCUCCUCUAACCUCUGGAUCAAAAUGUGUUCAGUGAGCGUAAAGAGGAGUCCUUUAGUGUGCAGGAGGCCACUGACUUAUCAUUAUGCGCUGAACUCAGUCUCCUCCUCACACCUGCUGGUUGACUGUGAUCUUAACAGAAGCGGCAGUGAAGAAAUUUGUCAGAACAUUCUUUAUUGCCAUAUUUUUACCACUUGUAUUUUAUAUUGUUUAAAAAUAUGAAUGUCACAAACCGAAGGGAAUGACAUCACAAAAUGUACAGUAGGCUGUUUUUUCACUGUAUGUUUUACUGAUAUUUAUGUUCUUUUCAGUGUUUUAUCAUGAGGCUCAUUGGAUAUCUUUUAGGUUUUGUAAUAAAAUACCCAAAAUGAGUGAAACACGUUUACGAUAAAAUGUUUACGAUUUUGAUGUGCAAUGAACACUGUUCGCCACUGGGAGGAGAUAUCGAGACUCUACUGUACAUUAUGAAUGCGUUUACUUUAUAAUGUUGAUUUUGGUCAACAGUUUGAGACCACCAUUCAUUAUCAGAGCAUGACUAUUGUCCUUCGGAGUUAAACUGAAAUCGGCACUUUUCUUCUUCUUACGGCUCGCUACUAUUAUACUUAAUAAGUGCAAGCGCUGUCAAAUUACCGUGGUCGCUUUAUUAUAAUGUCCGUGACAAAUUAGCCUACUACCUCCCACAGAGGUUGUGUAGCACAAUGCUUCUCUGUUCUGAACGUCAGUGUCCAGAGGAGACAAAGUAAAGGUUGUAAGUCAAUAAAUAUUAUUUAUUGCUUUAAGAACUGCACAUUCAAACUAAA